AUGAAUAUGAACAGAAACACGUCCUGUAUGCGUGAUGCAUCAGCCCUCAACGGCUCCCUAGAGACAUUUUCUAUCUACAUCCCGAAUCAAGGACUUCAUGGCAUCUUAUCAUGCCAGCUGGGCAUGAAAGUGCUGGCUGAAAUGGACACUGGUAGUCAGUACACAGGAAGAACCAGAUCUGAUCAAUCUUUCUCAUUCUUUUCUCAGGGUUAUCCAUGCAGCAGUGAUAAAGAGUGCACAGUGGGAACGUACUGCCACAGUCCUCAACACUCCCCGUCCCGCUGCCUCACCUGCCGCAGGAGAAAGAAGCGCUGCCACAGAGACAGCAUGUGCUGCCCUGGCAACCGCUGCAGCAACUACAUCUGCAUCCCCAUCUCAGAGCGCGCCCUGUCCAAGUCACCUAUGGAGGAGCACAACAAGCUUUCCAUCAAAGAAAAAGGCUGGAGGAGGAAUGGCAAAACUCAGACCAAGAUCUCUCUCAAAGGUCACGAGGGCGACCCUUGUCUGCGAUCGUCCGACUGCUCGGAGGGCUACUGCUGCGCUCGCCACUUCUGGACGAAAAUCUGCAAGCCUGUGCUGCGGCAGGGCGAAGUCUGCACCAAACAGCGCAAGAAAGGUUCCCACAGCCUGGAGAUCUUCCAGCGCUGUGACUGCGCCAAAGGACUUGCCUGCAAGGUAUGGAAAGAUGCCACCUCCUUCUCCAGGUCCAGGCUGCACGUGUGCCAGAGGAUCUGAGACGGGAGGCCCCUGCAAAACAAGCUGCACCUUGGGGCCCCUGCGUCCCGCUGGGAGAGGAGUGGACGAGGUCUCCUUUCUCCAGGACUUACUCAGCUGUGAUAAAGAGAGAAAGGGUGAGAUUCAGGUGAAUGUGUGCCAGAACAGGGUGGGUUUGGGAUGGGAAUGAACUGAUGUGGUGGGAUGCCCAGUCGUAGCUGUUGAGGAAGCACUCCAGGCCUCUUUUCAAGAUUAUUUGGUGGAGUUUUAUUGAUCUACAAGCCAUAUUUAUCAGUGAUUUACCGUUUGAUGCAAGCGCUGGCAUUAUUUCAGUAUGUCCGUGCUGUCAGUUUAGUAUCUUGUGAUGCUGAAUGCUCUGAUUUGGUUUCUAUUUUUUCACUAUAUAUUUCAUGCACAUAUGAGUUUUUCACUGCAUAACCACUAAAAUAUUAACAAGGUUGUUUUUUGAUUACAUUAUCAUCA